GAGGAGGGAAGCAACCGGUUGCGUGAAAUAAAAAAACUAAAAGACAAUUUAAAUGACAGCAGCUGGACAGUGGUUUUUGCAGGUCAAACCAGAAAAAAACUACGCGUUUUGAAAUCUUUUUUAAUUAAUUUUAUAACACUGAUAAGGAGGAAAACGACACCAUCAUUGUUUAGUUAUUGUAAGAAGGUUAAUGGAAUGUGCCAGAUUUCUGGAAAGAGGAAAAAAUACCCGGAUUGAGCCCAGAGAGAAUACAUUCGGCUGGAGGAAAAGUAAGCAAACUGUGAAAAGACCCUCCUCCGCCACGUCUGAACCUGCCCCGUCAGUUCCUUUCAGCUCAAACCCCGCGGAAGAAAUCGGAAGAAAGAAUUCUCCGAGCAGACGGAACAGCUGCGCUCGCUCAGCAAGCGCAAGAACCAACAUCUACUGUUCCGCCUGUAUAAUAUCCUCCAGCGUCUGCUGUUAUUUAAGGGUUUUGGCUCUGCAGAGCGUCUGGUCAUCUGCUCCACAGGAACAUAAAGUUCAAAGCUCGCCUCAGCCAGAAAUCUCCAGCUUACAUCAUCCCACAUGGAGCCUGGGGCUGCAGCUGUAUAGGUCGCUCCACAGCGAUGGUUCCCAGACCAACACCUUCAUCUCCCCACUUCUGUUGGCCAACUCCCUGCUGGCUCUUGAGGGUGGAGCUAAAGGAUCCACAGCAGGCCAGCUUCAUGAUCUCCUGAGGAUCACCAAACACGAGGCUGUUGGAGAAGCUUUGACCAAGGCACUGAAAUCUGUGCAUGAAGCUAAUGGAACCUGCUACACAUUUCACAGUUCUUCCGCUCUGUUUUCCAAACAAGUCCCAAGACUGGAGAAGAGCUUUCUGGAGAAGCUCCAGACCCACUUUGGGUUGCAGCAUGUGGCCCUGGAGGAUGCACAGAAACAGACUGAUAUGGAGAAGCUCAAGUCCUGGGCUAAAAGUGGGAUGGAUGGAGAAGAGACAGCAGAUCUGGAGCUGGCACUGGAGACCAAACCUGGAGCCAUGAUCCUGGCCAAUGCACUGCACUUUAGAGGAUUUUGGGAUCGAGGCUUUUACCAUGAAAACCAAGAUUUGCGUAGCUUCUUAGGUACAAAAUACACCAAAGUUCCCAUGAUGCACAGAUCAGGUGUAUACCGUCACUAUGAAGACAUAGAGAACAUGGUACAGGUGUUGGAACUGGGCCUGUGGGAAGGGAAGGCCAGCAUGGUGCUGCUUUUGCCCUUUCAUGUGGAGAGUUUGGCUCGACUGGACCGUCUGCUGACCCCGGAUCGGGUGGAGAAGUGGUUUGAGAAACUGAACUCCACAAGUGUAGCAUUAUCCCUCCCGAAAACCAAGAUAAGCAGCACGGUCAAUCUACAGAAGCAGCUAGCCGCAUUGGGCCUGGUAGAUGCGUGGAACAAGACAUCAGCUGAUUUCUCCACUGCAUCAAGCUUGGGACGGGGGAAGCUCCACUUGGGAGCCGUGCUGCAUUGGACGUCCCUCGAGCUGGCCCCUGAGUCCGGCAGCAAGGAUGGUAUGCAUGAGGAUGAGGAUGUGGACAAGCCAAAAAUCUUCUAUGCAGAUCAUUCCUUCAUUAUACUAGUCAGGGACAGCAGCACUGGGGCAUUGCUCAUGAUAGGUGCACUGGACCAGACUGAUGGUCCUGCAAUUCACGACGAGCUGUAGAACCAAAAUACUUCACCCUCUGGCACUGACAGUUGUUUUCAGAGCCAAAAUGGCUGACCCACGGGUAUUGACAAUAAACUGACCUUCUUAUCCAGUGCAAAUCCACUGUAUUUCACCUACUGGCCUUAUGUUUUGUGCUGACACAUGCUAUGUUUAACUUACAGAUAUGAAAGAGCUUAGGAUAGGAUGAUGUGUAGACCUGACCUGAAUCUGCACUCACAGAAUUUUGCAGAAAGAAUUGCUGAUUGCCUUUAAAUGCCUGUAUAUUAGUACCUUCUAGCCUGUUUGUAUUUGCCUCAACAAUUAGUGAUUGUUUUGGGUCAAAUUAAAUGGAUUGAAAUUUGAAUUUAA